AUGCUCGCGCUGCUGCUGCUGCUCCGGGCGGCCGCCGCGACGACCGACGACGUGGUCGUUCAGCGCGGCGCCGUCGAUCACGCCACGGUGGCAGCCCUCGCGGCGGACAUCGCCGGGCAGCCCGCGGCCAAGGGCUGGAUGGCCGUGCCCGGCGCCGUCGCGGCGCUCCUCGGCGACGCCGGCGCCGUCAAGGCGCCCUACCGCGUCGCCGCCGGCGCCGUCGAGGCGCACCGCGACACGGAGGACGGCGCGGCCGUCGACGGCGACGUGUCCGUGCUCUACGUCGGCGCGGACGCCGGCGCGACGUUCGUCCUCGUCGACGCGGCCACGGGCGCGGAGACGCGCGUCCCCGUCGAGGCCGGGACGCUCAUCCGCUGGCGCAACGGGCGCUUCUCGCACCGCGUCGACGCGGAGGACCAGCGCCGCGCGCUCCUCGGGCCGGCCGCGCCCAAGGCCGGCGGCGGGCUCCGCGCGGUCGGCAACGCGCAGGCGGACGACGGCCUCCAGUGCGCGUCGGGCGAAUUCGCGAUCACCUUCGGGUACCGGCCGUCCGGCGCGGCCUGGGGGUCCAUGAACUCCUACCCGGACGCGGAGGAGAUGUGCCUCGCGCCGUCGUGUUUCGUGAAGACGUUCCAGCUCACGGAGACCAUCGACGAGGCCGCGGGCCUCUCCUUCGCCGUCGUCGACGCCGGCUCGCCCCAGUCCGAGGCGUCCGUGCGCGUCUACGGCGACGACGAGAUCACGUGGUACUUCUGCAUCGACUCCGACGGCUCCGUGAGCCGCUACCCGUCCGCGGCGCCGACGGCGUCCGCGCGGCCCACGCCGGGCCCGUCCGCGGCGCCGACGACGACGGCGCCGUCGGCGCCGUCCGUCACGCCGACGACGAGCGCGCCGUCCGCGACACCGACGACCGCGGCGCCCACGACGGCCGCGCCGACGGUCGUCUCGUGCGCGUCCCGGGUCGCGGCGGGCAGCUGCGGCGGCGCGCGACUCCUCGGCUACGCCUUCGACGACGCCAACGCCUGCGCGAACCGCGCCGCCGCGACGAAGACCUGCGGCGCCCACCUCCAGUACUCGCCGCGCGUCGACGAGGUCGGCUGCUGGUGCUGCCCGGAGGCCUUUGAGCCGCCCGGCGACGCGUCGUCCGAGUUCGCGCUCUACGAGAUCCGGGCCUGCGACGCGCCGACGGCGGCGCCGUCGGACGCGCCGUCCUUCUCGCCGACGCCCUACCCGUCGCCGUCCUGCGGCUUCUACGCGACGCUCUUCAGCGCGACGUUCCUCCCGAGCGGCGCCGCGUGGGCGUCCGCGCGCGCGUCCGUCUUCUACGGCACCUGGGACGCGGACCGGGACCCCGCGACGAACCCGCUCAUCGCGACGCUCGCCUACCCGUUCCCGGAUCUCGACUACCUCUGCGUGGCGCCGGGCUGCUACACGCUCGUCUUCGAGGGCGACGCGGACGGCCUGCGCUUCACGAUCGCGUCGCCCGUCGCGGACCAGACGGUCACCGUGGAGACGUCGGACCUGGCCUUCUGCACGGACGAGGAGGGCCACUUCGACAGGGCGCCGACGGCCGCGCCGACGGCGACGGCGAGCCCGAGCCGCGCGCCGUCCGCGGGCGGGCUCGCGCUCGCGGAGCCGUGGAACUGCACGAACGGCACGGCCGCGCAGGUCCUGCCCUACGGCGACGCCUACGUCAUCGCGGCGCUCGACGGCGGCUCGGGCACCUACCGCGUCAACCGUUAUCUGGACGUGCCGAGCGGCGCCCAGGUCAACGCCGUCGCCAUGGUCGGCGGCCGCGUCGUCGCGGCCGUCGACGGACGACUCUGCGCCGUCGACGGCGACGGGUCGCUCCGGUGCCUCGACGGCGCGCUCGGCGAGGCCUCGCCGGACGCCGCCGCGGGCCUGUUCGGGUCCUACUACUACGCGGCGCGGCCCGGCGCGCCGGCGUCGACCGGCGCGUUCUACUGGGUCGAGGACGCGCUCGGAGACGCCGCGGCGUACCGCGGCGCGGCGCCGUUCCGCGUCGCGGACGCGCUAUUCCCCCACGGCGGCGUCCACGACGUCGCCGGCAUCGUGGAGCAGCCCGGCGACGACGAUCUGAUUUUGGAUGGGAUCCUGGGCGGCGCGUAUCUGGUGGGCCUCGGCUGCGGCUUCGAAGUCCUCGUGGUCCGGUUGCACGAGGACUCGGGCGCGCCCGAGGCCUACGCGGUCAUGACGCCGCCGAGCACCGUGGCCUGGAACGGCGCGGACCCGCAGGCCCUGGUCACGUCGGGCUUCGGCGCGGCCUGGGCCUUUGGCAAGGGCGCGGGCACGCGCGCGUUCUUCGCGGAGAACGCGGGCCUCGGCGUCUUCGAGGUCCUCUUUCCGCUGACGGUGCCCGAGACCUACUGGAAUUUCGACGACGACGAGGACGACGACGUCUACGUGCCCGUCGUGCCCGCGACGUCGCCGACGCCGACGCCGCGGCCCACGGCGAAGCCGACGGACGCGCCCGCGGACCUGACCUGCCUCGCGAAGAUCGUCUCCGAGGGCGCCUGCGACCCGCCCGCGAGCAACCAGUCGUCCAUGGGCCUGCUCAACGCCUACGACACGCCCGAGGAGUGCGCCGAGGCCAUCCUCAGCGGCAACGACGCCACCGGCUGGAGCGCGGAGACGGAGCCGGCGACGAACCACGACUUCGCGCAGAUCUGCGGCAAGCGGACCUUCAUCUACGGCGACGUGUGGUGGGGCACGAUCUGCAACUGCUGCACGAACUCCAUCAUCAACACGAAUCCGACCUGGACCCACUACGACAUCUACACCUACGACUGCGACUUCCCCGAGGACGUCGUCGCCGGGUCGCGCCUCGACGACUGCCCGGGCUUCGAGCCCUGCGAGAAACCGCCGCCGCUCGUCUGCCCCGGCACGAUCGAGUGGACGCCCCACGCCAUCAACGACGGCGCCGUCUGGGCGCCGUCGUCGCUCAAGGUCGCGGACCUCGACGGCGACUGCUGCGUCGACUUUGUGGUCACCGACUGUGUCACGGAGGAGAGCGGCGCGUCCAACUCCGUGGGCAACCGCGUGUCGACGUACCGCAACGACUGCGCCCAGAACUUCACGGAGAUCCUAGAAGCCUACGACUUCUGCCCCGCGGGCAGCGACAUCGGCGACAUCGACGGCGACUGCGACCUCGACGUCGUCGCGACCGUCAAGCACGGCAUCGACCGCGGCCGCCAGCAGGGCGACGUCAACUGGUACGAGAACUGGGAGGCGACCUUCGUGGCCCAGCGCCCCGUCUCCGGCGCGCCGGGCGGCGUCGAGACGCCCAACUACGACCACAACUACCCCUGGGGCGUCGAGAUUGUCGACGUCGACGGCGACGGCGACCAGGACGUCGUCGUCAGCGACUGGGGCGACGGCCACGUCCAGUGGUACGAGAACUCGGGCGGACCGGACAUCACCUUCGCCCUGCACGAGGUCGGCUACGCCGCCUCGACGUCCUACGCCGUCGUCGCGGCCGACGUCGACGGCGACGGCGACGUCGACCUCCUCGCCGGCUCCGCGCGGACCUACGCGAUGACGCUCUUCGAGAACCUCGGCGACGCGCUGACCUGGACGGCGCACGCCGUCGCGACGCCGGACACGACCUACGGCGUCUCCGUCGCGGACGUCGACGGCGACGACGACCUCGACCUCCUCAGUUCGUCGCACGAGGCGGCCGACGACGCGGUCUGCUGGUUUUCGAACCUCGGCGGCCUGGCCUUCGACCGCGCCUGCCUCGCGGGCUCCGCGGAGGCCUUCAGCGUCGCCGCCGCGGACUUGGACGGCGACGACGACAUGGACAUCAUCUCCGGCGAGACCGCGUGGUACGAGAACGACGGCGCCGAGGGCUUUUCGCGCCGCUUCGUCCACGCGACGCCCAACGGCGCCGCGGUCGUCGUCGCGGACGUCGACGGCGACGGCGACCUCGACAUCGCCGCCGUGUCCAUGGGCCGCGCGGACUUCGACUUCGAGGACCGGGACACCUACGAGUGCCAGUAUCUCACGGACCUCGGCCAGGCGGGCUUCGCGGGCGACUGCACGGGCUUCAUCUCCUGGUUCGAGAACGACUGCUCCAUCGCCACGCUGUCGCCGACGGCCGGCAACGCCGACGGCGGGUCGGGCGUCGAGGUCGUCUGGCGGGGCCCGAGCGACGAGGCGGGCUACAACGACGGCGUCAACUGCCAGGGCGACCCGCCCUUCGCGUCGACGCCCUUCCCGACGCUCGAGCCGACGGAUUACCGGGUGAGCGACCUCCGCGAAUAUUUCUUCCCGACGGCCGCGCCGUCCGUGUCGCCGUCCCUCGCGCCCACGCCCUACCCGUCGCCGGACUGCGCGUACCCGUCGCACGCGUUCGCCGCGGAGUUCCUGCCGUCCGGCGCGGACUGGGGCCCGGUCACGGCGUCCGUCUAUUGGGGCACCUGGGACGAGGAACGGGACGUCGACAUGAACCCCUUGAUCACGCAGCUCUCGCACCCGUUCCCCGACGUCGACUACCUCUGCAUCUUCACGGGGUGCUACACGCUCGUCUUCGAGAUCGACGGCGUCGCCGAGGGGUUCGACUCGCAGCACCUGAGCCUCGACGGGAGCGACGGCACGGAGACGAUGACGAUCAACGGGACGCAGAAGCUCGCGCUCUGCGCGGACGCGGACACGGGCGAGUUCAACCACGCGCCGACGGCCGCGCCGUCCCUCUCCAUGCCGCCGAGCUACGGGCCGUCCCAACCGCCGAGCUACGCGCCGAGCGCGACGCCGUCGACGUACGCGCCGAGCGCCACGCCGUCGAUGAACUUCCCGACCGUGAGCGGCGACUACUGCGCCGCGGUCGCGUUCCCCGCGAUGGCCUGCUCCCAGAGCCUCGAGUUCCUCGGCUUCGACUUCGUCGACGCCAACGCGUGCGCACACGGCGCGAGCCGGGAACGGAAAUGCGCCGGGCGCAUCCACUACUCGGCGACGCGCAACGACGAGUACGGCUGCUGGUGCUGCGAUUCCGACGCGUUGUACGUGAGCAACGACGACUUCGACGUCUACGACGUCGUGCUCUGCGGGGAUCCAUCCGCGGCGCCGUCGUCGAUGCCCCUGGCGGCGCCCACGGCCGCGCCCACGUCGACGCCGUCGGCUCCGCCGUCCUUUUUGCCGACGCCGUACCCGUCGCCGGACUGCGCGUACCCGUCGCACACGUUCGCCGCGGAGUUCCUGCCGUCCGGCAAAGACUGGGCCCAGGUCACGGCGUCCGUCUAUUGGGGCACCUGGGACGAGGAACGGGACGUCGACAUGAACCCGUUGAUCACGCAGCUCUCGCACCCGUUCCCCGACGUCGACUACCUCUGCAUCUUCACGGGAUGCUACACGCUCGUCUUCGAGAUCGACGGCGUCGCCGAGGGCCUGUCGUUCACCAUCUCGUCCGAAAGCGACUCGCAGCACCUGAGCCUCGACGGGAGCGACGGCACGGAGACGAUGACGAUCAACGGGACGCAGAAGCUCGCGCUCUGCGCGGACGCGGACACGGGCGAGUUCAACCACGCGCCGACGGCCACACCGACGUUGAGCCUCGUGCCGAGCUACGGGCCGUCCAGCCCGCCGAGCUACGCGCCGAGCCCGACGCCGUCCACCUACGCGCCGAGCGCCGCGCCGUCGUCGCGGCCGACGGAGUCCUUCCCGCCGAGCGCCGGCCCGACGGCCUCCGCGGCGCCGACGGCGCCCGUCUGCGCCCACCUCGCCUACCCGGAGACGGCCUGCCCCGGCGACGCGGCGCUCCUCGGCUUCUACGGCAGCAAGAACGCGUGCGCGCGCGCCGCCGCGGGCGAAGCGUCGUGCGGGGGCUUCAUCAUGUUCGCCGCGGGCUCGGCCUGCUACUGCUGCGCCGUCGACGCCUUCGCUCCCUCCGCGGCGCCGACGUACCCCAUCCCGUCGCCGAACCCGACGCCGCUGACCCUCGCGUGGUCGACGCGGCCGCACAACUGCUCCGCGACGGGCGCGAUGCUCCGCCCCCACAAGGUCUUCGCCGGGGGGCUCUACACGGUCGUCGUCGGCGCGCCGGACGCCGUCGCCUACGACGUGCCCGCGGGGCUCUCCGUCGCCGACGUCGACGGCGCCGCGGCCGUGCAUUUCGAGGGCGAGACGUACCCGCUGAUGGCGAUCUUCGGCGGCUCGGUGAGCAAGCUCUGCCCCUUCGACGCCCAGAACGUGACGUGCUUCCCCGGCGCGCUCGCGGCGCCCGUCGGCAACAACGCGGCGCCGUCCGUCGCCGCCGUCGUCGGGACGAGCUACCACUACGCGUACCGCCCCGGCGCGCCGAACGCCGACGGCGUCUUCUACCGCGCGACGGGCAUCUACGGCCUCGCCCCGACGCUCGACGUCGCGAGCGACGCGUUCGCCGUGUCGUCGGCGCUCUUCGACGGCGCCGUCGGCGACGUCGCGGCGCUGGUCGAGGACGGCGACGACCUCAUCGUCGACGGCGUCGCGCGCGCCUACCUCGUGGGCCUCGGCUGCGCCUACGAGGCCUUCGUCGUGCGCCUCGACGCCGCCGGCGCGCCGGAGGCCUACGCCGUCGUCGCGUCGGCCGUGGACUGGAACGGCGGGCCGCCGGGGGCCGCGAGCCCGUGCUUCUCCGCGGCGUUUACGGUCGACGGGGACCGCGCGGUCUUCCAAUCCGACGACGGCGACGGGCUCUUCGAGCUGGCGACGCCGCUCGUCGUCGACGACGCGUGCUGGAACACGGGAUCGGGCGGCCACGUCGCCUGCGCCGGCGCGACCGUCGUCAGGCGGGCCGCCGCGGGGCCCGCGGCCGGCGACGGCUUCGCGUGCGCGGACGCGGCGUCGAACCUCCCGACGACGAACAACCCGACGGCGGCGCCGUCGACGGCGACGCCGACUACGCUGACGCCCUCGCCGCCGCCCACGCGCGCGCCCUCGUCGCCCCCGACGCCCGGCCAGGGCCUCGACAUCGUCACGGAGGUCGUCCCCUUCGACUGCGGCGCGCACAGCAACCCCAUCCAGGUGCUCAAGUUCGCGCUCGCGGACACGAAGCACUACGUCAUGGAGCUCAACCUCGACACGGGCGAGUACGAGGAGCUCUACAACUUCGAGGUCGCCAAGGUCAACGGCUACGCGACCGUCAACGCGGCCGCGGUCUUCGACGCGGGCAACAACUCCUUCUACCCCUUCGCGAACUUCAACGACGAGCUCUGCGUCUUCAGCGCCAACGCGCGCACCUGCGUCGGCGACUUGAAGGUCUCGUCGGCGAGCUCGGGGGCCAUCGUCGGCGACACCUACUACUACGCGUGCGCGACGUGCGGCGCCGAGAACAUCGGGCCCCAGUGGAUCUACACCGUCUUCUCCAUCGGCCAGCCGGCGCCCGUCUUCUCGGAGCGGAGCGACCUGAUCCUGCGCCUGCGGCGCGAGCUCUGGUACGAGGCGUCGUCCAAGGGCAACAUCUACGACUGGGCGUCGCUCGUCGAGGGCGGCGCGGAGCUCGUCGACGACGACGACGCCUCCGGCAAGUACCUCAUCGGCAUGAACCCCAAGGUCACGAAGAUCGUCGUCGUCAAGAUCGACGAGGCGACGGGCCAGGCCGGGUCCUACGCCGUCAUCCCCGUCGAGACGGACUGGAACGGCCAGACGCCCGUGUCGGGCUGGUCGCGGCGCAACGGCGGCUCGAGCCCGUUCGGCGCCGCGUUCACCUACCAGACCGACGACUACGACCGCGUCUUCUUCACGUCCAACGACGCCUGGGGCUUGUUCGAGCUCGAGCUGCCCUUCCGCGGCAGGACAAGAGAGCGAAAUUCCCAACUUCAAAGGCUCCUUUCUCGGCCGUUUUCCACUCGUUUCGGCUGA